AUGCUGAAUGAAUCUAUAGUAAAUACACUCCUAAAAUUAAAUGAUCAGAAGAAUACAUUAUACAAUUUAGGCAGUCAGUCGGAGGGAACAACUACACUAGGACUUAGUUCUGACUUUGACCAAGUUAUCUGUUUAAAUAUAUAUAAUGUGAUACAGGACUGGAGGGAUUGGCAGCCUGGUGUACAAAAUCUAUUGAUGAUUCAGGAUGACACUGUAUCCCCUGGUUACUGUUUGCUACAGUGCCUGAGACAAGAUGUUCCUCUUCCAUACAAUGAUGUACCUAAUGAUGUACCUAAUGAAUACUUUUUCAGAGACAGGACAGGUAGAAUACUACUAAGGAAUAAAACAAUGUCUGAAGCAGCUCAAUUUACUGCAACAACAAUAGCAGCAACUAAUGAUACAGGAGGAGCAAGACAUGGUCCAGCAUAUACACAACAAAGAAAAAGGGUUCAAGACAUUGACAUUGUUGGUGCUUUACCCUGUAAAACAUGGUCUUUACAAGCUAAACAAUGGUUAGACUGGCAAAGUGUAGGUCAGUGGCCUUCAAAUGAUAUAAAGAGAUAUUGUAGCAACACUGGAUGUUUUGUUGUUGGAGUUGGAAGCAAAGGCAGUGAAAACCAUGAGCUUGAAUGGAGAAUAUCAACAUCUUUAGCAGAAAGGUGUUUAAUGUUUAAUCUCAACAUCACACAGAUUCGGUGUUAUGUCUUAAUGAAGAUGAUAUUAAAAACUUACAUCAAGCCACACUGUGAAGACUCCAUUUCAAGUUUCAUGUGUAAAACAGUUUUGUUCCAAUUAACUGAAAUUACACAUUGUAAUUUCUGGAGAGAAACAAACUUACUUGUUUGUCUAUCAGUGUGUCUAUGUGUCCUGUACAAUAGUGUUUUGAAUGAAAACUGUCCACAUUUCAUCAUACCAGGAAAUAAUUUGAUGGUAGGACAAAUUGUUCAAGAAUCUAAACCUCACAUUCUUGAAAUAUUACAGUAUAUUAUAAACAGUGAAGGAACAACAUUACUAGGGAUCAAGUGCGAUGCUCUUGGUGCAAGGCUUCAGUUGAAGUUGAAUCAUUUAUGCUUAUACAACUUAUGCCCAUUUAAAACAAUUGACAUAUCAGUAGUUUCUGGGAACUUAUUAAGAGCAACUGCAACUAUGUUGAAACAAGAAAUAGAUUAUCGUCUAGCUUUUAUUCGCAACACCAGGUAUGAAGUGGCUAUUCAAACAUUGAUGAAGUAUAUUUUCAAACUUAUUAUUUCUAAUCAAUCCCAAGGACUGGACAAAACAGCUUGCAGCCUUCUUGCACCAUGGUUUUGUUCAACACUGGGAUCUAUCCUGGUAUCUCUCAACAUACAACAGCAUAAUGGUAUAUCAGCAGAAGCUUUCAACUGGAUCUCACUGGGUCUGAACACAGAUGUUGCAUCAAAUAAACUGAAGCUAGCAUCCUCGUUUUAUUGUAUAGAGGAUUAUCACAGAACAGAAAUUGUGCUCACAGAUAUUGAAGGCAACUAUGACCUUAACAUUGUUGAGCCUACUUGUGACUGCUUCUACUACUUCCGUCAAGCUCACAGAGGAGGGUUCAAUGCAGUAUGUGACAAUCAUACUGAACUAGCUCUUCAGUAUGCUACAGCAUUCUGUGUCAGAUUUCUGCCAUUCGAAGUUAACUGCAUUCCUACUGAACUGCAGUAUGAAAUAUUCAGAUCUACACAAGAGGACCUUGCUUUUGGAGGUAGGACAGACUACUGGAUGGACUGGGCAGUUGUAGAUGCCCUCCCUUACUUGUACUUUCUACAAUACAAGACUUACAGCUAUCUUAGGAGACAAGAUGAUAAGCAAAGAGCACUUUCCAGCCUCAUCAGGACUAUUGACCAAGAACCAAACCUUGGACACAGGGAAACAGCCUUAAAUCUGCUUGGACAGUGUAUUGAACAAGAGAACUGCCCAACAGAUGCUUUAUGUUGUUAUUUAGUAUCUCUAGAUCUAAGGGGAAGAAACAAUGCUGCCAGGAUCCAUAUAUGUAGGUUUCUUUCUGCUAUGGUAAAUGACCAGGUUCAGAACCAAUCACUCCUGUGA